AUGCGGGUGUUUCUGAACGAGAGACCGCGAUCGCUGGCAAUCUUGUCCAACAAUUGUGUUCUGUCGUUCCGUGGAAUUGGUUCUGAGGCGAAAUGCGCGGUUGAGUUUGUUGCCGGCUCAGCCAUUGACCUCUCCAACUACGUGGAGUUAACUAGGCGUGAAUGGUAUGGUUUUUGCGGCCUUAUUUCCGUCAAAGAUUUGACAUAUCUGGCGUUUAUCUCCGGGAGAAAGGAGGUAGGCAGUUUUGUUCCGGGACAGAUUAUUUAUAAUGUGGUAUCUACUGAGUUCGUGUGUCUCAACAGCGAUGCCUAUGACCAUAUGUUUGAAAUAGAUGGAGCCACAUUCGAGGAUUUUCCGGACUUCCCAUGUUAUUCUUUGAGACGACUACUAUCUGCUGGAUCCUUUUACUAUUCAGAAAAUUACGACCUAUCGGUGGCUUUUCAGGAUCGAGGGCCUCAUUUGAAUGAGCAACGAAUGCUAGACGCUCUGGAUGACGACCACUAUCGCAAUUUUACUUGGAACCAGUUUCUUGUUUCUGAGCUGGUGGAGUUUAGGAGUCAUUUGGGAAGAUCUGAGACCAAAAGUUUCGAUGAAGGGGCGUUUCUGGUGACGAUGAUGCGGGGAAAUGUUCAAACCGCAAACACUAUAGUUGACAAAUACGAAGCCUUGAUCACCAUAAUAUCCAGGUAUGCGUGUUCGAGGAACGGGUCCGUGUUUGGACCAUUUGGGCUGGAUAAUGACGGGAAUACUGCCAACUUCGUCGAAACUGACAUUAUCCUAUACACUGAACCAUACACAUAUGCAUACACGUUGUUGAGAGGAAAUACCCCAUUGUUCUGGAAGUUGGAAAACCAACUGAUGUCCACGAAGAUAGAGUCUGAGAGAUCCAUUGAUGCCACAAAGCAUGGAUUUGAUAGGCAUUUUGAAAGUUUAACACAGCAUUUUGGAUCCGUGUUCGUGCUGGAUGCUUCUUCCAAGAAGGGAAAUCAACCAGAGUUGAGCCGAAUUUACGAAAAGCUGCUCAAGAGCUCUGAGAAUUUUGGAAUCCAAUUGGACUAUACGAAACUGGACUUCUCCACGCAUUCUCUGAAACACAGUCAUAACACUCCUUUCCAUCUCAGAAGACUGUUGGAAUCCCAAGUACUUGAGAUUGGUGCAUUUUGCUGUGCCAAUAAGGAAUCCGUGAUUCUAGGAAAGCAGUCUGGUAUUUUCCUGGUAAACAACUUUGAUUCUGUUGAAAAAACCAACGUGAUCCAAAGUCUCAUCAGCAAAGAAGCUAUAAACUUUUUUCUGAAAGACGUCGGGUUUUCGGAAACUGCCGAUCUGUGGUCCAAGCAUGAUCUCCUCUGGGAGCAGAACAACUACGUUCUAUCAAAGAUAAGACAUAGUUAUAACGCCACAGCACCCAAGUCGAAAACAGGAGGGCUAAUGGGUGCUGUGGUUACAGGAGUUGGCAAGAAGUACAUAGGCACUGUGGUUUCAGACCAUUCGGCCAAACAACACACCGUGGACAAAUUACUGGGAAGGCUGAAGAGCCAGGUUUUAGUGACUCUCCAUGACCCUAUCCAUGACUUCGUCACUGAAGAGCUUGCUAAACUGUCCAAAGACUUCAUUUCUCCAAAAGAAGUGUCUGUUUUUGCAGGAACAUUUAAUGUCAACGGAGUGUUAUAUGAAGGCAAUUUGAACUCUUGGUUGUUUCCACAAGACGUUUUUGAUCCGGAGCAUCCUUAUGAUAUAGUCUGUGUUGCAUUUGAGGAGGUUGUUGAGCUUACGCCUAACAAGAUUGUGAAUGUGGAUCCUACAACGCGCUUACAUUGGGAGAAGAAGCUACGAGCAGCCCUGUCAGAUGUGGGAAAGUAUGUGCUUCUUUGGGGAGGCCAGCUAGGAGGAAUUCUCAUACUUCUGUUUGUGAAGGAUGAUGAGGUUGAUAAGAUCAAGCUGGUAGAAGGAAGUGAGAAGAAAACGGGUCUUGGUGGUGUUUCUGCUAACAAGGGAGCAGUAGCAGUCAGUUUUGCCUACUCUGAAACCAAGUUUUGUUUUGUGGCAUCGCAUCUGGCUGCUGGUUUGAACAAUGUUGUUGAAAGACAUCACGAUUAUAAAACGAUCUCAACUGGGUUGAGGUUUUCGCGAGGAAAGAGAAUCAAAGAUCACGAUGCUGUCAUCUGGAUGGGCGAUUUCAAUUACAGAAUCAUGCUUCCGAACGAGGAGGUCAGGGAGCGUAUAAAGGAAGGCGAUUAUCCUACUUUGUUCGAGUACGAUCAGUUGAACAUGCAAAUGGCAGCUGGGGAGUCGUUUCCGUAUUUUGACGAGAUGGAGAUCACGUUUCCGCCUACCUAUAAGUUUGACAAUGGCACCUCCACCUAUGACUCCUCUGAAAAGCAAAGAAUACCCGCAUGGACUGAUCGAGUGUUGAGCUUCAACAGCUUCAAACGAAUCAUGAAACAAACGAGUUACAGUAGUGCUCAGGAUAUCGUUUUUUCUGACCACAGGCCGGUCUUUGCAACCUUCACUGUCACCACCAAUCUAGUAAAGGAAGAUAUCAAGUCGCAAUUGUCCAAACAACUGUAUGAACAGAGAAAGGCCGAGAUUGGCGGAGAAAACUCUGUGAUCACAUCUGCAUAUAUCAACGAGAAGACGUUGACGGAAAGUCUGCCUCCUCCCAGUUCAGAUAGGAGCAAAUGGUGGAUUGAAGGUGGGAAGCCAGUCAAGAUCACUUUUCCUGAGUCCGAAGCAGAUAUUACCACGCAUAGGAUAAAUCCACUGCUGAUACCAAAUCCAUUUGUGGGAACUGACGAGCCUGAUUUUGUGAGGCUAUAG